AUGAACACAACUCAGAAGCUCAUCUUCUUCACUACUUCAUCUCUCUUGAUUCUCUCACUCAUCCAUGCUGCUGCUGAUGCAAAGUGCAAUCCUUGUGCCUGCGGUGCUAUUUGCAAUAUCACCUCUCCUUUUCGCCUCAAGAGCGACCCCAGCAACUGCGGCCAUCCCAAAUUCGAACUCACCUGUGAAAACAAUGCCACCUUCACCUAUCUAAACUCUAUCAAAUACCAUGUCAAAGAUAUCAACUACCAAAACUCCACCAUUAGGCUGGUUGAUGCUUCCCUAAACAACGGUACAAUCUGCUCUUUCCCCAUCACUUCCUCAUAUCCCUACGACUUCAUCGUUCGUUCUCCAUACUAUUCUUCCUAUCCCGGUAGAGAAUCAUCUGUUGUCUUGAUCAGCUGUCCCGAUCCGAUGAACAAUACCAAGAAACUCAGAGAUCUCUUAUCAGGACCUAAUCGUAAGGAUUCCAACUUUGAUUUCUAA